AUGGAUAAAGUCCCGGACUUAUCCAGCGCUACCAUCAGGACUAUCAAUGAUCUCGAUUGGCAAGUCGAGGUGAUCUCGGUACAUCAUACUAACCUGAAAGCAUACUGGCGCAAUCGGAGCGUGUUGACCCCCGAAGAAGAAAGGGCUCUUGCCAAACAUGUCGAGGCCAGUGCACGAGCAUAUGAUGUUCUUUCGAACGCUAAGGAACGGGAGCAGAGCGAGCCGAGCGAAGAGAAGGAUAGGCAACCUUACCUUACCAAUAUGAGAAAGAUAAAAAAAGGCAUGGAGAUCAUAGUCUGUAUUGACGACAUUUUGGCUGAUAUUAAGGAGUGGAAUAACAGCGAGAAAGCUAAACGCCGCAAGACUGAAAGAUUGACAACUCUUUAUCUAGCCGGAAACAUCUCUCUUCAUAUAUGUCAAGCAUUUAACAGUUGGGAAGUCAGGGAGCAAUGUCGUCAAAUUGAUAUAUUUUAG